CCAGCCGGGCCGGACCGCUCCGUCAUGUGGGUGAGGCGCGCCUGGCGCAGGAACAAGACCCUGCGGUACGGAGUCCCCAUGCUGUUGCUGAUUGUUGGCGGUUCUUUUGGGCUUCGAGAAUUUUCACAAAUUCGAUAUGAUGCUGUGAAGAUCAAAAUUGAUCCUGAAUUGGAAAAGAAACUAAAAAUGAAUAAAGUAUCUUUAGAGUCAGAAUAUGAGAAAAUAAAGGACUCUGCUUUUGAUGACUGGAAGAAUAUUCGAGGACCCAGACCUUGGGAAGAUCCUGACCUCCUCCAAGGACGAAAUCCAGAAACGCUUAAGAAAACUUGAUUCUCUUGAUUUUUCAAAAAUGAAAA